AUGCAGUCUAUGAUCAUCUUUGCCGCGGCUUUAUGCCUUGCCCAAGCAUCAUACUACGCUGGUGCACCCGCGCCAGUUCAACUCAGUUCAGAUGGAAAAUAUGUGCUUGACACACCAGAAGUAGCACACGCCAAGGCCGCACAUUUAGCUGCGCAUGCGCAGGCUUCCACGUCCCACGGUGCGUGGGCGCCCGCCGCGUACGCAGCUGGACCAGCGUAUGGUGCUGGCGCGCACUACGGUGCCCCUGGUGCUGGUCUCUACAAAUACGGACCCGCUCCCCUGGCUCAUGACGGCCGUGUGGUCGACACCCCCGAGGUAGCCCACCUGAAGGCGGCUCGUCUCGCAGCCCUCAACAACGCCCACGCUAACGCCGCUCAUGGUACCCCAGUCGCCGCCUACGCCGGUCAUGGCGCUGGUUACGGAGCGGGAUACGGAGCUGGAUACGGCGCAGGCUACGGAGCCGGCUACGGCAAAUGGAACGGCCCACUCGCCCACAUCCAGCUCACCCACGACGGACAAUACGUAGUCGACACCCCUGAGGUACAACAUGCCCGUGCCGCCCACUUCCACCAAUUCGCGGCCGCCGCCCAGGCGGCAGCUUCCGCCCCCGAAGAGCCAUGGGGUGCCCACGGUGCCCACGGCGCCCACGGCUGGCACUAA